AUGAUUUCGAACCCAGAUCUGAUCCUCUACGCUUGCAUUGCCAAAGGAUCCACAAUCCUCGCCGAGUUCGCCUCCCCGACGGCGGAGCCGGGGAUCGAGGAGAUCGCCCACAAAUGCAUCGGGAUCGCGCCGCCGCCGCCGCACCACACGACCUUCUCCCAAACCGCCAAGAAGAAGACCUACACGUUCCUCAUCGACGACCCUUUCGUCUACUUCGCCGUCUACCACCACGAUCUCGCGAAGCUGGAGUCCUCCUGGUUCAUCGACCGGGUUAAAAUCUCGUUCUUGGAGCUCAUCGCGUCGAAUUCCGUUAGGGAUUUGGACAAUCUCGCCGCCCUCUGCUUCCAGGCGGAGUUCUCCCCACAGUUCCGGGAAAUCCUGGCUCUGGAUUUGGACCUGGGAAUGGAUUCACUGACGGAGACCACGUCGAAAGACAGCCGGAACCCUAGCAUGGACUCGACGAAGGAGAAGACGGUGCCGUUGCUGAAGAAGAAGAAGAAGAAAAGGUCGUCUGGGGUUUGCUCUAUUGGGGGAAUGGAGGAUAAGAGCAGCGGCGGCGGCGGGCAUCGCGGGCAUCGCCGAAGAGAACAGAGCUGUGGUGGAUUAGGGAAGAGGAAGGGUUCGGAGAGGAAGAAGAUGGGUUGA